AACGAUCUUUCACUAUGCUUUCCCCGUUCUACUUUCGUGCGCGUGACUGGAAUCAUCAUUGGGUGCUUCCAUACGUUAAUUUAUUAAACCAUACAAAAAGUUGAUCUUUGUAUUUAGCCACCCACAAAAAUUCAUCAUUUUUGCAUCGUUAAUCAAAACGAUAACAGUCAGCAAAAAUGAGUAUUGAAGUUGCAUAUCCUCGUCUUGAGCUGAUUGUAGCUUGUGAUAAAAAUUUGGGCAUAGGAAAAGAUGGAACGUUGCCAUGGAGUCUUCCCUCUGAAUUUGUCUACUUCUUGAGGAUGACCCAGAAUCAUCAAAAUAGUGGAGGCAAGGUCCAUGCCUCCAUUUUCGGUCGGGCUAACUGGGAAUCGAUUGCCAAAACGUUGGGUUCCAUGGAUAAUAAUCCUUGGAAAGACACGAUCUCUUUUAUCCUUAGUCGUUCCAUGACCAAUCAAGCACUCCCUAAAGAUGUUUACGUUUGCUCAUCCUUUCAAGAAAUCAUUGACCAUCUGCAUAAACCGGAGAUAAAAGAACGAGUAGAUCGAGUGUGGGUACACGGUGGUGCAUCUGUGUACAAAGAAGCUCUAGGUUCGCCCCAUUUUUAUCGGCUUUACAAAACAGUAAUUGAGGCAACGUAUCCAGCUGACGUCUUCUUCCCGCGUAUCGACGAGACUCGUUUGGCCCUCGUUCACGAUCCUGACGUCCUACAAGGUGUUCAGCACGAAAAUGACGUCGAUUUCCAAGUGCACGUCUACCAAUCCACGGGCGUUUGCCCUUUAGCGUAAAAAGAAGAGAUAAGUGAAAACGUAUGCGGCGAUAAGAUCGAGAUGUUAUUAAACAAUCGAUAUAUCCAUGGACAAAAAAAAAGAAAAAAAAAAAAAAAAAAAAAAAGGAAAACGGAACUAACAAAAAAAAACAUUAAAACCAGACAUGAGAAAACAGCGCAACAAAUCAACGCUACGAAUACAUUCCCGUUAACAUUCAAAAUUUCAUUCCCCGUAUUUUUAAACAGUGCUAAAUUGUAUGGUGUCAAGGGAUCGAAUAAACUCAUAUUUUUACUCUCUCAA